AUGCGCUCAAAUGGAAUGAUUUAUGAAGUUGCGUACAUAGAAGGUUACGGAAACAUGGGAAGAUACAGUUACAGCCAACCUUCUUCAUCAGAUGGGUGUGAUGAUAUACAAACAAGGCUUCUUGAAGAAGAAGCUGCCCUCUACGCGGAAGAAGCUGCUCGAUGCCACACCAUAGCAGACCCCGUUCAGUACCAUUCCCAACCCGAGGGUGAUGAAGGAAUCCCAAAUAGCUGGUGGGAUGUGGCGGUAAUGUAG